AGGAUGGCCAGGCCUCUGGAGCAGGCAGUGGCUGCCAUCGUGUGCACCUUCCAGGAGUAUGUGGGGCGCUGCGGGGACAAACACAAGCUCUGCCAGGCGGAGCUCAAGGAGCUGAUACAGAAGGAGCUGCCCACCUGGACCCCGACGGAGUUUCGGGAGUGUGACUACAAUAAAUUCAUGAGUGUUCUGGACACCAACAGGGACUGCGAGGUGGACUUUGAGGAAUACGUGCGCUCGCUUGCCUGCCUCUGCACCUACUGCCAUGACUACUUCAAGGACUGCCCCCCAGAGCCUCCCUGCUCUUAG